UUCUCUUCCAGCUCAUUGUUGUUCUUAUGAUGGAUAUGCCAUAGGGAUAUGGAUAUAGAUAGAUCCAUUAUGCACAAUUGGAAUAAAGACUGAGUUGGUGUUUGGCUGAGUUCUUCUCUUUAUUACAUGACUAAAUAAAUUGAAGCCAUUUUUCCUUUUGUGGAAAUAAAUAAUCCUUGCUGUCCCAGCCCUAUGUAUGAUUUCCAUUUUUAACUUGCCAGUAAAACAUAAAUAUUGUGGUUAUACAUUACCCGAUUGUUACCAUUCAGGCAAAAUGCACCAGAGCCAGAGUUCCUUGAAACAAUGUAUACGUGUGAUGGAUGGUGCUGCAGAGGAGGUGAUGCAGUGGUGACUCAGUCCUCAGUGAGGUUCAAACCCUUCCUGCUGCACUGAAAGCCCGUUCCUGCCAAGGCAGCUCAGGAAAUGCACCCGUUCUGCCUUCUAGGCAAGCUGGGGUAAUUAACAUUAAGUGUGGGAUAAAGCGUUUUGGAGACACAUGUGAUGUUCCUUUGGAACACAAUAAAUCAUUUUCAUAUUAAAAGCUGGAAGAAGACCCAGAGUCAUAAACCCCCUUUUGUACCAAUUUUGCUGCCUUUGCACAUGGCUGGAUGGUCAGUGAGCUCAGUCCUGGGAGGAUUAAACUAAUAGUCCCUGCUGUUAUUGCUGCAGGGAAUCCCAGGUGAUGGCAAACCUCCCUUAUGCCGGGGAGUAAAUCACAUUAUCUGCUUUAUGCACCAUUAUUGUAAAGUGGGUUCUCAUUUGAGUCACUGCAGUGGCUUUAUGGCUCCCCGAGCAGGGAGGGGGACUUUGCCCCUCGCUCAGCUUUAAUAUUCCCCCAUUCUUAUCAUUUCUGAGAAGGGACAAAAACGAGUGUUUGGCAGCCACUGGCUUGGGUUUUUCAGUAAAAUGUCCUUAGUGAGAUUUGCAGAGGUUGCUGCAGAUGAAUUCCCCAGAGAUUUUGUCUCUGUAUCUUCUUGCGUAGUUGCAGCAUUGAGAGAAAUUGCCAUUCCUAAUAGCCAAGAAAAUAUGGUUACUGUUGAUUUUUGGGUUUCUUUUGGUGGUGCUUUUCUGUGAAUUUCAGAGCUUUGAAGCACUGUCUGAGUUCACUGGGUUCAACUUGUGUCCAAAACACUCAGACACUGAGCACAAAACGGCAGUGACUUUGCUGUUAGUGUUUUUCUCUUAGAGCACCAUUCACUGCCACUUCCUGAGUGUUCGGGGAGUCACGGGUGCACGUGUGGGGUGUCACACGUGGGUGUUGUGAUGGCUCAGGGGGUCUGAUGCUGAGGGCAGGAAGGACAUUUCUGCUGGAUAGGGAAUGAGACACUUUGCCCCCCAGAGCAGUGCUUUCCCAUCCUCUGCAGCUGAAUGCAGUACAUGGGGAAGUUGCUGAUUUAAUAACACAGCUCCAGAGGAAACACCAUCCCACAGGAACAGGAGAGAGGAGCUGGAGAGUGUCCUGGAGGACAAAAGAAGUUUUCAAGCGAGAUUUCCAAAAGAGAUGAAGAACUCUUCAGACAAUGACACAAAGGUGCUUUCCAGGCAUCAGGAGCUGCAGAGAAGCUUUGCUAUUAAUGAGAUGUUCUGGAUUGGAUGUAAAAAGCAAAAACUAAGAGAAAAAUUGGAGGUCUGUGACACCAGCAGGUCCCAGAGGGUGUUGAGAAAAGGAAGGUAAAUGUGAAUAGUGUACAGACCAACCUGUUUUGUCUUGAAGGGGUGGUUGAUUUACUUGCACAGCUCAGAAUGAGCUAAUCUUCCACUGGAGGAGAUAUUUCAAAGUCAUGGGAGCUGAGCUGGCUCUUGGUUCACAUUGUAUUUGAUUCACACCAGUGACACACAGGACUGUCACUGCCUCGCCACUCUGACGUACUGGAGUGAUACUGGGAGAUAUUUAUACCUGCUACCAUUUCAGCUUGUGCCAUCACCCAGCGUGGACUGGGAGAGGCAUGCCUGCUAUUUUGGGGAGGUAGAUGCUGUCUUUGCAGUUGCUGUAAAUGGUUUACCAUCUCACAUUGGCAUUGCUUUCGCUCAUGUGCGUGAUGCUUAUGAGGUUGGAUGAAAACAUUGGGGUGCUGAUAGAAUUGUUGAUGAUUAUUGGGUGAUGUGCCUCAUAAUAUGACUAAUCUUUCAAAUUCCAUCAUCUCCAAGUUAUUGAAAUACUUGUUACGACAAAAAAUGAUGGAGUAUUAAAUAAUAUUUGAGCCAGGCCUCUUAAAUUUUAUAGUGUCAUUACCAGUGGAUCAGAACGGAGGAGAGAGAAUAUAGUUGUGACAUACAUAACACAUAAAUUUAACAUUCGUUAAACCAAGCUGUUUAGUUUAUUGUUUGAAUAAUCUCUACAUGGAUUAUCAUUACAAAAUGUAGCCUAAAUUCUCCAUAUUGGGAAAAAGCUGAGUAUAUCCUAUCACAGCUCCUUUUAUCUUUAAUUAUCUUUUUUUCUUGUAGGAUUUCUGCAAUUCAGUUUCAAAUUGUUGUACAAAUUCAUAUGGUAAUCCCUUGGACAUAGCAGAGCUUCCCAUUGAGGUGCUUGUCCCGGUGUUUGUUUAGCUUGUCUGAAAAUGUCUGAUGUGUGUGAGGUAUGGUGAGAAAAAUCAACAAUUGCAAAGGAUAAUCCAUGGGCAAACAGUGCAGAGAGUGCUCCCUGCAUGCCAAUGGUUUGGCAGUGCUUAUGCCCAAAGUUCUAUGUUUAUUUCUGCUGAAAAACCACCAAAACUGAGAGGAACUCACAGGGAAGUGGUUAAAGUCUCGGGGCACUGUGGUUGUCGAUGUCAGAGCUGUAAUGGGUAUUGAAAGGAGGAUUUAGAGGAAGAAAUUAGAUCCUGCAGGAUUAACAGGAGGAGUUAGUUACUUCUAUGGAGGAGUAGUGAGCAAAGUUAGUUUGGUCUUUGUCAUCAGUGUUGGAAAACUCCCUGAGGUGUUGGUGUUUCCAGGCAGUUCUGUGGCAGUGACUUGGGGCCACAUCAUGUUUUCCAGCUCCUGCCCUUGGGCUUGUUUCACAGCUCAAUAUCAACACUUGCUCCUGCCUCCUGUGCUCUUUGUUGCCAGUCCUUGGGACCUCUCUGGGACACAGCCUGUCUCCUGCACUCCUCUCUCUCAACACAUCUGUGUUUCCAGGAAAAUGUGCUUCUCAGUGUAUCUUGGUGAUUAUAGAAAUGGUGAUGGAAUUCAUGGAGAUCCAGGCUUUGGUAGGAAUGCACACCAGAGGCAGAUCUAGGAUGUAUUUGGAAGUACAGAAGUUGAAAGCAUCAGCAAAUCCUGCAGCUCCUGAUAUUGUCCCUUAUUGGUGCACAAUUGGCUGAGCUGUUUAUUAUUUUCAUUUCUGUGAAGAACAGCAAUAACAGGACCAUUUACAGAAACUGCACCACCGAGCCCCUGAAGUUGGUUCAGCCUUGCUUUUUUUUCCCCAAGAUUUGACAUGAGUGCUAACUUUCAGAACCAUGAAAUGACUGUCUUCUGCUUUCCUUUGCAACUCUUUGGUACUAUUUUUUUCCAGAGAUGAAUCUUAAUGCCCCGUUUUGUCUAUUAAAGACCCUGCCUGAACUCUUUGGUCUGCUUUGCACUAAAGUUGUAAGUUAUUUGUGCCAAAAUGAGUCUGCAGGAGUGAGUCAGCAUCUUCCCUCAGCCCUUCAGUGUCUGCUGGUGGGGAAGGUCAGCCAAAAAUUCUGCUACUUGUUGCACCAUGUGGAAUUAGCUAGAACUGUGCCUUUCCCUUAAUUCAAUCACUGGUUAAUUUAAUUAUAUUCUUUUUAACAGGUUAAUUAUAUUUUUUUUAAAUCGAGCCACCCAAAAUUGAAACUUAUAGUGUUUAUUUUUCUAAGCACUUAGAUAAUUGAUUAAACUACUGGCUAUUGUUAGUGCAAUUAUCUGAAUUGGCUCUUGAUUAAUACUGACAGUUAAGGAAAAGAGCUGUUCGGGAUAAACCAACCAAAGAAUAUCAACAGGAUGGGUGUUAAAUUUUACAUAAAAAUUGCUCAGAGUGUGUUACUGACAUAAAUGCUGUCACGUGUCACACAGUGGUGAUCAAAUGAGCGCUGGAGGUCAGUGAAUGAGGUAGGAUUAGGUAUGAGAAAAUCCCUGAUUUAAUCCUUAAUAACAUACAAGUAGCUGGAUAAAAGGUGCUGUGUAGGGAUGGAUGAUAUUUAUUUAUAGAUCAGAGCUUGUGUGUUCUGGGACAUAUAAAGACAUGAUAUUUAUCUAAUAAUAUUUAUCUGUGAAUGGCCCUGGCUUUCACACUUGCAGAGCAGGGCUGGUGUUUAUCACUCCUAAUUGUUUGCUGCAGUUAAUUUGCUGGUACUAAUGAGAUCCUGAGCUCAAGUGUUGCACUCAGCCAUGUUGCUGAAGAUCACCUUGUCUUCUGGAAGCAGAAACACAGUGAACAGAUGAAUCCCUCCAGCCAGACAUUCCUCCAGUAGAUCUCUCUCCUCAUGGAACACCCCAGCAGGGAGGAGAUGGACUUGAAAGAGGAAGGUUCCCAGGUGUGGGCUGAGUCUGCAGCACAGGAACAGAGCACUGCUCAGGUGCACUUUGUCCCCGAGGGGGGGGCGGUGGCGCAGAUCGUGUACAGCGACGAGCAGGAGCGGGGCCCGUCCCAGCAGGUGGUUUACACGGCCGAUGGCACCUCCUACACCUCGGUGGACACCUCGGAGCACACCCUCGUUUACAUCCACCCCGUGGAGGCUACGCAGACUCUGUUUACAGAUCCAUCCCAAGUGGCUUAUGUCCAACAGGAUGCCACCACCCAGCAGGUAACGGUGCUCUUGCCUGCUGCUGCUCAGAGCAUGAACCCCACCAACCUGUCCGUGCUCGGCAGCGUUGCCGACCCCCCCCAGCCAGUGGCUCUGGAGCAGGGGCCACAAGCAGAUAGAGCAUCAUUACCGGUGCAUAACCAGGUGUUACCUCCCAUGGAGGCAGUGGAUGGUUCUGACCCUUUAGCACCUCUGCAGAAUCAAAUGGAAAGGAUAGAAACAAAAGAGGAAGAUGAUGAGGAUGAAGAUGAGGAUGAAGAUGGGGAGGACUCUGACAUGGAUGAAUGGGAUCCAGAUCCACCUCGACCCUUUGAUCCCAAUGAUUUGUGGUGUGAGGAGUGCAAUAACGCACACCCCUCGGUGUGCCCCAAACACGGCCCUCUGCACCCCAUCCCCAACCGGCCCGUGCUGACCCGGGCGAGGGCCAGCCUGCCCCUGGUGCUCUACAUCGACAGGUUUUUGGGAGGAGUGUUCUCCAAACGGCGCAUCCCGAAGCGAACACAGUUUGGGCCUGUGGAAGGGCCCCUGGUCAGACAAACCGAGCUCAAAGACUGCUACAUCCAUUUGAAGGUUUCUCUUGAUAAGGGUGACAGAAAAGACAGAGACUUGCAAGAGGACCUGUGGUUUGAACUUUCCAGUGAAGCUCUGUGUAACUGGAUGAUGUUUGUGCGUCCAGCCCAGAACCACCUGGAGCAGAACCUGGUGGCUUAUCAGUAUGGCCACCACAUCUACUACACCACCAUCAAAAACGUGGAGCCCAAGCAGGAACUCAAGGUGUGGUAUGCUGCCUCUUAUGCUGAGUUUGUGAACCAGAAGAUCCAUGACAUUACUGAGGAGGAAAGGAAGGUUCUCAGGGAGCAGGAGAAGAACUGGCCCUGUUACGAGUGCAAUCGGCGUUUCAUGAGCUCGGAGCAGCUGCAGCAGCACCUCAACUCCCACGACGAGAAGCUGGACUUCUUCAGCAGAGCCAGAGGCCGAGGUCGUGGGCGAGGGAAGAGGAGGUUUGGACCAGGCAGACGCCCCGGGCGCCCUCCCAAAUUCAUGCGCAUGGAAGUAACCAGUGAAAAUGGGGAAAAGUGUGAAGAAGGGACACAGGACUUGCUGCAUUUUUCCAGCAAGGGGCAGUUUGAUGAGGCUGGACAAGCCGCCCUGAACGGGCUGGAGCAGCAGGAGCAGACUCCGGUGCCGCCGGAGCCGCAGCCGGCCCUGGAGCAGCAGGAACCCCCCGCGCUCCAGGUGCAGCCGCAGCACGAGGGCAGCGCGGGGCCCACGCAGAGCACCAUGACAGCAGAUGACAUGAGGAGAGCCAAGCGCAUCAGGCUGGAGCUGCAGAAUGCAGCUCUGCAGCACCUGUUCAUCCGGAAAUCCUUCCGGCCUUUCAAAUGCCUGCAGUGUGGGAAGGCCUUCCGGGAGAAGGACAAGCUGGAUCAGCACCUGCGCUUCCACGGCCGGGAGGGGAACUGCCCCCUGACCUGCGACAUCUGCAACAAGGGCUUCAUCAACAGUGGUGCCCUUGAGAGCCACAUGAAGUUCCACAUGGACCAGAAAACCUACUCCUGCAUCUUCUGCCCCGAGUCCUUUGACCGCCUGGAUCUGCUCAAAGACCACGUGGCCAUCCAUGUCAACGACGGCUAUUUCACCUGCCCCACCUGUAAGAAACGCUUCCCAGAUUUCAUCCAGGUCAAGAAGCACGUGCGCAGUUUCCACUCUGAGAAGAUUUACCAGUGCACAGAGUGUGACAAGGCUUUCUGCCGCCCCGACAAGCUGCGGCUCCACAUGCUGCGGCACUCGGACCGCAAGGACUUCCUGUGCUCCACCUGUGGCAAGCAGUUCAAGAGGAAGGACAAGCUGCGGGAGCACAUGCAGAGGAUGCACAACCCGGAGAGGGAGGCCAAGAAGGCCGAUCGGAUCAGCCGCUCGAAAACCUUCAAGCCCCGGAUCGCGUCCACCGACUACGAGAGCUUCAUGUUCAAGUGCCGCCUCUGCAUGAUGGGCUUCCGCCGCAGGGGCAUGUUGGUGAAUCAUUUAUCAAAGAGACAUCCGGACAUGAAAAUAGAAGAGGUGCCAGAGCUCACAUUGCCCAUCAUCAAACCCAACAGAGAUUACUUCUGUCAGUACUGUGAUAAGGUGUACAAGAGUGCCAGCAAACGCAAAGCACACAUCCUGAAGAACCAUCCUGGUGCUGAGCUGCCUCCAAGCAUCCGGAAGCUGCGCCCUGCGGGCCCGGGAGAGCCGGAUCCCAUGCUGAGCACCCACACCCAGCUCACAGGCACCAUUGCCACCCCUCCCGUGUGCUGCCCUCACUGCUCCAAGCAGUACAGCAGUAAGACAAAGAUGGUACAACACAUCCGUAAGAAGCACCCAGAGUUCGCUCAGCUCCCGAACACGAUCCACGCCCCGCUGGCCACGGCCGUCAUCAGCUCCACCCCCGCUGUCCUGGCCACCGACAGCAGCACCGGCGAGACCGUCGUGACAACAGAUUUACUGACCCAGGCCAUGACAGAGAUAUCCCAGACCCUCACCACAGACUACCGGACUCCCCAGGGGGAUUACCAGCGCAUCCAGUACAUCCCUGUGUCCCAGUCCACAACUGGCUUGCAGCAGCCUCAGCACAUACAGCUGCAGGUUGUUCAAGUGGCCCAGGCUACCUCACCUCACCAGUCCCAGCACUCCACAGUGGACGUUGGGCAGCUCCAUGACCCUCAGACAUACACCCAACAUGCCAUCCAGGUGCAGCACAUCCAGGUCACAGAGCCAUCGCCAGCAGCUCAGUCAUCACCACAGGUUGGAGGUCAGCCUUUGAGUCCCUCCUCGCAACAACCCCAGCAGGAACUCAGCCCUUCACAGAUGCAGACUGUGACACCGACACCAAACCAAGGCCUGCAGCAGCAGCAGGGCUCCUCAGUCCAGCACACAUAUCUCCCCAGCACUUGGAACUCCUUUCGGAGCUACUCAUCAGAGAUUCAGAUGAUGACCAUCCCCCAAGGGCAGUACGUGAUCACAGAGACCGCUGUGGGUACCCCGGUCACCACUGUCAACACGGGGCAAGUGAAAGCAGUUACUCAGACUCACUAUGUGAUCUCGGAGGGUCAGCCCGACCUGGACAAACAAACGUCCUCGCUGCCCAGCGAGGUGCAGGUCUUGUUGGUUGGUUGGUUGAUGCAUUCUGGUAGUUGCAAGAAUAUGUCUUAGAACUCCAUUGACUCCUGAUGGGAUACACCAUGUAUGUCUGAACCUCCAUUCUCUGCUGGAAAACUCAUCUCAGAAUGUCUGUGCAUAACAGGAUACAUUUAUUUAUAAAACAAUAACAAAGAAGGAUAUUGUGUCUUAGAGGCCCUUAAGACAGAAGAACUUGGAGAGGCUUUUUGAUUUGUUUUCUCUUGUGCUGCACUGAGUGUGAAUGCAGGACUCUUUCAUGAGUAUUCCCAUGGAUUUAUGUGAGGAUUACCCAUGAGUAAGCACUACAGAUUGUGGUAUCAGGUUUUAUGGAGUUAAAGCUCUUAGACACAGGAGAACUUCACACUCAGGCUGGACAAGAGGAGCUGUGCUUCCUUGUGGGCAAAGCCUUGUAGCGGGUAUUGCUUUGGUAAUUAACAGAUCUGUUAAUAUGGCGUGGAAAGAGAUGAGAGAAAUCAGAUGGCAAAUCCUGGCCAGCUCAGAACUGUUCUGAGGUAGCUUUAAAGAGACUUGCCAAAAUGGGGAUUAAUUUAUUCCUGGGAUUUCACUUCUCUUGCUGUACCACCAUCUUGGGGCAUAAGUAAGCUGGGUAAAUUUAAGGAGGACCAGAGCUCCCAUUUAGUGCAGUGAUGAGUGACUUUAAAUUUCAUGGAUUUGGGAGCCCAUUGACUGUGGUAGCGUGGCCAAGUGACCACAGUGCCUACUAAUUAAUUUGAAUUUGUAUUGCUGAGGACUUUGGAAUUACGAUGUCAGGCAUUGCAAUGAUGUUGGUGUGGGAGAAGAAGAGGGAGAUCUUGUCUUGGCUUUCUUCAUGCUGCUGCUUAUUUAAUAAAGAGCCAAAAAUAGUAUUAGUAGGAAAAUAGCAGACUUGGAAAUAUCCAGGGCAAUACUGCCCUACAGCAGCAAUUUUAAAGUCUUAAAUGUUUGACAAUAGAUGAACAUCAGACUUGUUCCCAUUAACAAUGUUGCACAUGUGGGGUUUAAAACUAUUUUGCUCUAUUCACCUUUGUUGGAACGGUUUAUGAACGAGGACAGUUGUACCAGUUAUUUAAAACGGAAAACUACAACAGAAAACCAUUUUAAAACUCAAAUCUUCCUCAUCAAAGUCUUUACUCUGUCCCUCAGCAGCAUAGUCAGGCCAUCAGCCUGACAUAACUGAAGUGAUUCCAAGUGUCCCAAGUUAAACUAAUGCCCUGUUAUGGAAGAAGCAUCCCUGGAAAUGGAAGUACCAUGAAUUUUCCUUCCGAAGUAAGGAACUACAGUGAUUGCACAGUUGGCAAAAAGCAAGCAAGAAAAUAAAACAAUGAUUGCAUGGAUUUUUUUUUUUUCCAUUUCUGCAGUGCAGAAGGUAUA